AUGUUCACUAUAGCCGGUCGGUCUGGAUUUCAUUUUUGGUGCUUUUCAGUAGUAUUUGCUCAGUGGCGUAAAUGUGUGCAUCGCGUUCGUUUUUCAAAUUCAACCUCUCGUUUUAAAAAAUCCAAAAUGUUCCGAUUUAACGUGAACGGUUUCGUUUUAAUAUCGUUUUGUUUUUGUGUCGCGAUGUCUCGCGUCGCCGAAAAUUCGCGUGUUAAAAGGACUUUACAGCAGGAUUUGAGUACUUGUGCAAAUGUGAAGCCGUUCUUUGAAAUGCGAAAUAUUUCUGUGCAAUCCUUCGAUAGACCGAAGGGUGUAGUGUGCGGAGGUCAGUGCUGCAGCGGCGAAACGGAAGCUGCGCUAAAAAUGCAAGGACAAAAGGAUUUUUCUGCACUUUUGAGGCACAACUCGAGAAGUAUUCAAGGAUUACUCAAUUCGACAGCGACCACGUUGCAAAGUCACGUAACAGCGUUAUCGAAUCAGUCUGAAAAUAAAACCCACCUACUGUUCUCCCAAAUCUAUCAACAGAUGUCAAUUUUAUCGAAGGAACCGAUAAGUAUGCUGUACAGAGACAUUCUACAAUAUAUCCAAUUGAAUAGCUCUCAAAAUCUCCUUUCGACGACGGACGUCGACGUGAAAACGUCGGUGACGCGCUUCUUUACCGAACUAUUUCCGCUCGUCUAUCACCAAAUUGCGAAAGCUCUCGCUCCGGAUUUUUCUCCCGAUUAUAAAGUGUGCCUGAAAGAGAUAAUUAAGGAGAUACAGCCGUUCGGCGACAUUCCUCGUCAGCUUUCGCAGUCUUUGUCAAAAAGUUUGGAGGCGACUCGUCUGCUGUUGCAAGCAUUCGAUAUCGGGAUCGAAGUUCUCAAUACGACCGAUACUCUUCUGACGGAGGACGGUGGUAAGGGUAACGUGGAGUGUCAUCAUGCUUUGAUGAAGAUGACGUACUGUCCCAAGUGUCUCGGUCUCGUCGGCAAAGAGAAGCCAUGCUCUGGGUAUUGUUUGAACGUACUUAGGGGAUGCUUAACGAAAUACGUCGCCGAGCUCGACUCGCCUUGGAAUUCGUACGUGGAAGCCAUCGAAAGACUCGUCAUAGCGAUAAAGCAGCACAAUAACGAAGUUGGCGUAAAUGUCGAUUUGGUUAUACGGGGGUUGGAUACGAGGAUAUCGGAAGCUAUUAUGUACGCUAUGGAGAAGGAGCACGAGAUCGAUGUUAGGGUAAGUUUUGCCAUUGUUUUAUGUCUAUUGUAUUUUUGUCGUUACGAUUACGAUCGGCUGGGGCACGAGUUAAUUUAUGUUCCCCCGGGGACAUAGUGGAGAUAUUUCAAU